UUUCCAGCAGUUCGGUGGCUUUAAUAAAAGCGUUCAGAUAUUUCCUUCCGUAUGUGCUCUGUGAUAUACAAUCCUGCCUUACAGCCUGGUAGAAUGGGAACACGGUGAAAGUCUCUCUGGGCUCUGGCUCCCUCAGCAGAUACUGAGCCGCCUUCUUCAGCAACGAGGGAUCGCAGCACGGCCGAACCUCUGGACAUGGCUGAAGGUAAUGGUUCACAUAAUCUUCAUAAACCUCCUGCCGGGAAACCUCCGCCUGUUCUUCUGUUCUGUGAUCGUCCUUCAUGACUGCUACACCGUCAGACCAGGCCUAGAACAUAAAAGGAGGAAGUAAUUACCCUAAAAUAACCUUACGAGGAAGUGAAAGUGAGAGCAGCUUUUCUCUCAUGGCGUAUGUGCAAAUAGUAUAAACGUUUUUCUUAAACAGGUAUUUAUUCACAAUUUAAAGUAAAUCUGAGUUUACAAAUACAAUAACUUAAAAAAACUAAAUAACAAGAAUAAAUAAAGCUUUUUACAUCACAAUGAAACUGUAAGCUACAAUUAAAAUAGAUUAGCUUAUUUUGUGUUUGAUACAAAUAAAUUAGAAAAUAUAUACUAAUAAAGAAAUUGGGUAAAAACGAGAUUGAGGGUCUGUGCACGAAGUAUAAUUAAUUUGCCAUUGUUGCUGUUGUAUAAUGAACAAUGUCAGUUUAGGGGCAUUAGCUAAUCUCAUUGGUCUACUUGUGUUAAUGUGUAUUCUGCUAUGUGUUGUUCGAUAGCCAAUGCUGCCUAAACGCAGUUAACGCUUUGUCUGUGGUAUUUUUGCAUUGAAUGAACACGUGCAAAUGCAAUUCAGCGCACCAAAACAUCAGCUUGUUCCAUUAUCAAACUUUAAUAAUGAAAAUGAAGUAAAGGAAAUAGAGAAUCAUAAACAGAGACAGCUCGUAAACGUUGCGCUUUUUCAAACGUUGUGUGCUCCAACCAUAGAUUUAUGGAGAGCUAAUUCAAAGAAAUAAACAAAUAUUCUAAAUAAUGUACAUAAUAUAUAACUGUCAUAAAGUCAUAUUUCUGCCACUUUCCCACAAUUGAACGUGAAUAAACUACAAUGGGCACAAACACUGAAUUGUUUGUAUAUAACGAUUCAUUAUAUCAUCAAUUUAUUGAUUUAAUUAAGGCUUUUUAAACUAUUUGGGUGAAUGUUUCCGGCUAUAGUGUUAAGACUUGUGAUGAGUCUGACUGUAAAAAGAGCUGAUUUACCCUGAAUUAUAACUUUAUUGCUGGCUGACUGAUUGACUUAUCGUGGCUGCAAACCUGCAAAAAUCAUCCAGUGACAAUAAUACCUUAUACUACAUCCUCCGGUACAGUAGGUGGUGGUAUGCACUGUAAGCAAUGGUUGCACUGUCAUUAAACUAAAAAAGAAGAGGGGGAAGCAGACGAAGAAGAACAAUGUUCGUUUCCGGGAUCGUCACGCUGACAAACCAUGGUUCCAUAAUACGUCCAUGUGCUAGAUGUUAAACCGAGUUACCAUCACAACAAAAUAAUUGGUUACGCUUGCCAACGUGGUGGUGUUUUUGUUGAGGUAAAUAACCUUGUUUUGUUUGACUGAGAAUGCGUCUGUGGUUUGAAUCCAGUCUGCUUCCACAUUAUAGCGGGUGAAUGUGCCACUGGUGUUUUAUGUUUUGUGCCUCCUAUUUUCCGUUCGUUAUUUCUUAAAAGAAUGUUUGGUGAACGUUAAAGCUAUAUUUAAGAAAUGAUGACAGUAUACCUAAUGAUAAAUGAUCAAAAGAAAUUUUCCCGUUAAAGUCCCCCAUAUUAGCGGGAACAAGCUACUUAGAUGUGAGAACUUGCUGCAGUAUUUUUUUAAUUUGUAUAGGCUAUAUGACUUAUCUAUUAAUACCAAUAUAUGUUUAUUGUUAAAUCAUUCAAUUGGGUAUUGAUGAAUAAUCUUUAUCCCUGCUUAAUAUUAAUUUGUGUACAUUUGUCCCUGCUGCGAGUGGAAAUCUUCUGCGAGCUGUUCAUAUUGACAGUUGGAAUAAGAAGAAUGUAAGUGGUGUAUGUGAUGAAUAACUGUGAAGUGGUUGACUUGUGAUAAAAAGGAGAGUCAGCUGAAAUAUUUAUUGAAGUUUGGUCAAGGAGAAUAGAACGUGGUGACUGCAGGUAAUAUUUACCUUUGACAGAAUUUAGGACCUGCUCAAAUAUUCAGGAUUCUACAUGGGAAAGUUCUGUAGUCUAUCAAUCUCUCCAAGAUGUUUCCUGGAAUCCUGACUUUACCUCUUCCUAUACAAAGACACAGUUUGUUGUCUCUAUAAGUAUGGGGUCUGUGAAGUUUUCCGUGUGAGUCAGAAGCAAGAUACAGCCAGCCUCUUUGAAUCUAUCACGUGUGAAUGCACUGUAACAUCACUUAGAUGUGUAACAAACAGCUCAUUGACCACAGAGAUUCAUUGACUUACUUUUUUACACGCUCACAAUGAGAUUCUGUCGAAGACUUUGAAAAACAGCUGGUAAGUGUACCCUGAGUUAAGAAUAUUUGGUCAGUGAGUUGGUUAUGCCAAUAAAACCCUUCGCCUUUCCUGAUUGGUUGUUUUGUAUUGCCGAUGUCAUUGCUCCCGAAAAAGAGUGUAGAAUACAUGCUGUGCUAUAUUUCUGAUUUUGGUCUAUCCUGCUGCAGGAUCAAAUAAGCACAGGAAUGAAGAACAGAAGUGGUGGCUGUCUGGACAGUCGGCUCAGACCGAGAGUGGAGCAGUAUAUGACGACCUGCACCAGGGAAUAUGUGGACCUUUCAGCUAUGGCCAUGGAACUUCAAAAACUGUACAGAAUGGAGUAUGGCAGGAGAAACAAGACAGCUUUCAGGAUUCAAGUAGAAAAAGUGUAUGAUGCAAUCAUGAAGGACUCCGGGCUGAAUGAUCAGGAGAGCAAACACUUGGCUAAGAGAGCCAAGCACAGCCACAAUGACACUGGUGAUGACGGCAGCAGCUUAGGAGAGUCUUCUGACAGUGAUGACCACGUUCUGGAGAACACUCCCACCAACCACAUGAACAGCUCUCUUGCAUCUCUCUACCGGAAGGGUCACCCUGACUCCAGCAACUGCUCACCUAGGAGAGAUCAGCCUGCUGCCAGCUGUCCUGCCAGCACAGCCAACCUCCCUCCUAGUUCGGGGACGCUGGUUUCCACGGGAGGCUGGUUUAUUGAUAGAGGCAGAGGACCAGAGAAGAGCAACAUCCUUAUCGACCUGUGUGAAGAGGAGCCAACUAAUACAGCAACAAAUACAGAUGUGUCCAUGCUGGAGCCUGAGAAAUCUCACAAAAAGUCAAAAAAAAAGAUGAAGAUAUCCACUGAAACUACAGAGUCUCGAAUCCUGAAUAAGAAAGCAAAAUCAAAGUCACUAGAGCUGCAGUAUCCCACUCUGAAGUUUGAAGAUGUAGGAGGUAAUGAAGAGACGUUAACAGAGGUGUGUAGGCUGCUGAUCCACAUGCGUCACCCAGAGGUGUACCAGCAGCUGGGAAUGGUUCCUCCAAGGGGCUUCCUCCUUCAUGGACCUCCUGGCUGUGGAAAGACUCUGCUGGCUCAGGCUGUGGCUGGGGUGAGUACAGGGCUGGGUUGAGUACAGGACAAUGCUUGGGAAAUAGUGUUUUGUGUUCCUCAGUGCUUAAGGACAACUUUCUCGUGAGGUUAUGAAGCUAGAAAUGGUCUACAAUGGUAAUUCUUAGCUUCCCUUUGUUCCACUGUCUCGUGUGUAAUGCUGGGUGGUAUGACCAAAAAGUUUUAUUCCAGUAUUGUUUUAAGAUUCUGGCGCUUUCACGGUAUGAGCUCGGUAGAGUAGGUUGUCCAUUAACCAAAAGAUCGACAGUUCGAUUUCUGGCUCCUCCAGUCCACCUGUCCUAAGUGUCCUUGUGCAAGAUAGUAUUCCCCAAAAUGCUGCCGAAGGCAGUGCCAUCGGUGUGUGUGUGAGUGAGUGUGUGUGUGUGAAUGAAUAAUUAGAUUUGAUUCUGGUAUACUGAGUCAGUUGUGAUUUUAUUGUUAUAUUAUUAUACUUGGGCUAUGCAUCUUCUAUAGACCUUUAAUACUCCAAUAACACUCCUUCUGAAACAUUGUAGAGAUAAAGUGGUGUGUUUGUACAAAUUUACGAAUGGUGUAACGAAUGGUGUAACGAACCGAAACGAUCACGGAUUGAUCCGUGAUCGUUUCGGAUCAACCGUUUCGGAUCACCCCUCACGGUUCGGAUGACUUGUGAUCAAUUGAGUAUUUCUUUUUUUUUUACAGUUUAAUCAUCA